UUAAUGGGGAAAGAAGGAGAAAAUGAAUUUAACUCAAAUAUCCCCGUCACUCCGCUAUUGUGCGCCUUCUAUUGGACUGUACUUCAACACCCCCUCAUCCCUCCGCCGCCACCGCCGUCUCCCUCUCCGUCUUCCCACCGCCCUACCACCGACCGCUUCUUCUGUUCCGAAAACCACCACCACUAUCAUCCCCUUCUUACCUCGAUUUCUAAACCCUCAUUUCGUCACGGGAAAUUGUCUUCUUUCCAGGAUGGAGUUUCAGGGGAUUUUAAUUCGAGUGGUAUGUGUAGUGUAUUCUAUUCUGGUAUAUUUUCCUUGGGAUGUGCAAUCUUUUGAUAAUGAUAUUCGACGGCAUGCAUGUCCGAGUGUAUUGGACGGACAGGUUUCGUCCCUAAACGGCCCGGCUUCUGAGGCUGUGGAGAUUGAUAAGAGAUUCUGGAGUGGAAGUGGCAUAGGUACAAACAAAGAAAUGGUGGAGAAUCUCCAGAGCUAUGGAGUGGUUAGGUCAAAGAAGGUUUCUGAAGUAAUGGAGAGUGUAGAUAGGGCCUUCUUUGUACCGGAUGGUGUUCCUCCUUAUGUCGAUACUCCCCUGCCGAUAGGUUACAAUGCCACUAUAUCUGCACCUCACAUGCAUGCUACUUGCCUUCAGUUGUUGGAGAAACACUUGCAGCCUGGAAUGCGAGCUCUGGACGUUGGCUCAGGAACGGGAUACUUGACUGCAUGCUUUGCAUUAAUGGUUGGACCCGAAGGUCGUGCCGUUGGUGUGGAACAUAUUCCUGAGCUGGUUGCUUCCUCAAUCAAGAAUAUUGAAAAAAGUGCUGCUGCUCCUUUACUGAAAAAAGGCUCCCUCUCUGUACAUGUUGGUGAUGGCAGGCAGGGUUGGGCAGAGUGUGCACCGUACGACGCCAUUCAUGUUGGAGCAGCUGCUGCUGAAAUUCCUCCGGCUCUCAUUGACCAGUUAAAACCAGGCGGGAGAAUGGUGAUUCCAGUUGGGAACAUAUUCCAGGAUUUAAAGGUUGUGGACAAAGAUACCGAUGGCUCUAUUAACAUCCACGACGAGACUUCUGUUCGUUAUGUGCCCCUUACCAGUCGAGAAGCUCAGUUAGGUGACAACUGAUCUGGUUUGCGCAUAGCUUUUAUCAAGAAUGCUGUAUAGGAACUUUUUGAAACCGUUUGUUGAACUAUAUCAUCCUUGUAAAUUUAAUCCUCAAUGUGGAUAUUUGGUCCAAAAUAAGUGUGUUUGACACAUUUAUCAUUACGAAAUUUCAACAACCCUUUGGCCAUGUUCUCGAGGGGGUUCAUGUUUCAA